AUGCGCCUUGGGUCAGGGGGCCGCGGAAAGCCCUCAGCCUUUGUGUCCUUCCCUGCGACGGAGUGUCCACGUCUGAGCCCUCGGCUCCCCUCGGACCUCAGCCGGGACUGCCGCUGUCACCGCCGGGCUGCCAGCCUCCCGCCCAGGGGAACGCGGAGGCCAUGAUGGCUGGCUCCACUGGCCUGCUUUUACUGCUGCUGCUGGUCGAGCCCUGGGCGGGGGCUGCCGCUGACCAGGAGGCCGUGGUCUGCGCGGGAGCUGCCUGCUACACGGCCCACAGGGUCAAGCUGAGUGCGGAAGACGCCCAGCUCCACUGCAGCAAGAAAGGGGGCAACCUGGCCACGGUGAAGAGCGAGGAGGAGGCCCUGCACGUCCAGGGCGCCCUGGCCCAGCUCCUGCCACCGGGGGCGCCCCUGGCAGAGCGCAUGGGCAGGUUCUGGAUUGGGCUCCAGCGAGACAAGCGCAAAUGCCUAGACAGCAACCUGCCCCUGAAGGGCUUCAGCUGGGUGGGCGGCGGGGAGGACACGUCAUAUACCAACUGGCACAAGGAGGCCAAGAACUCUUGCACCUCCAAGCGCUGCGUGUCCCUGAUGCUGGACCUGUCCGUGCCGGCCCUGGCCAGCCGCCUCUCCAAGUGGACCGAGGGUCCGUGUGGGAGCUCCAGGUUUUCUGGGAGCAACAUCGAGGGCUUUGUGUGCAAGUUCAGCUUCAAAGGCAUGUGCCGGCCGCUGACCCUGGGGGGCCCGGGCCAGGUGAAUUACACCACUCCGUUCCAGGCCACCAGCUCCUCCCUGCAGGCCGUGCCCUUCGCUUCCAUGGCCAACGUGGCCUGUGGGGACGCGGACGAGAGCUGGCAACAUUACUUCCUGUGCAAGGAGAAGGCCCCCGAUGUGUUUGACUGGGACAGCUCGGGGCCCCUCUGUGUAAGCCCCAAGUUCAGCUGCGACUUCAACAACGGAGGCUGCCAGCAGGACUGCUUCGAGGGUGGGGAAGGUUCCUUCCGCUGCGGCUGCCGGCCGGGGUUCCGGCUGCUGGACGACCUGGUCACCUGCGCCCCUCGGAACCCUUGCAGCUCUAGCCCGUGUGGAGGGGGGUCCACGUGUGUCCCUGGGCCCCUCGGGAAGGACUUCACGUGCCACUGCCCCCCAGGCUACUGGCUAGACUCGACUCAGCAGGACUGCGUGGACAUGGACGAGUGCCAGCACGCUCCCUGUGCCCAGGAGUGUGUCAACACCCUCGGGGGCUUCCGCUGCGAGUGCUGGGUGGGUUACGAGCCUGGUGGCCCCGGAGAGGUGGCCUGUGUGGAUGUGGACGAGUGUGCCCCCAGACACUCGCCCUGUGCCCAGGGCUGCACCAACACCGAUGGCUCUUUCUACUGCUCCUGCGAGGGGGGCUACGUCCUGGCCGGGGAGGACGGCACCCGGUGCGUGGACGUGGACGAGUGUGCAGGCCCGCAGGGCGGCCUCUGUGACAGCCUGUGUUUCAACACAGAGGGGUCCUUCCGCUGUGGCUGCCUGCCAGGCUGGGAGCUGUCCCCCGAUGGGGUCUCCUGCACUGGGGGCCUCACAUCCCUAGGACCACCAGCUGGGCCUCCCCAAGGGGAGGACACAAGAGAUGGAGAGGGGAGGCUCGUGUCUUUUUCCGCAACAUCCAGUCCCACCAGGGACAGCCCCGAGGGCACCUCCACGGUGGCGCCCGCCGCCAGGAGACCCUCCCUCCCAGACAGCGUCCCCAUCUCCCUUGCCCCACCCGACAUGCUGGCCCCCAGUGGGUCCCCUGGUGUCUGGAUGGAGGCCAGCACCCAUCACCCCACGGCCACCACUGGCCGUGAGGCUUCCGCAGGUGAGGAUUUCACCGCCCAGCAAAGCGACGAUGGCACGGACGGGCAGAAGCUGCUCCUGUUCUACAUCCUGGGCACUGUGGUGGCCAUCCUGCUCCUGCUGGCUCUGGCUCUGGGGCUCCUGGUCUAUCGCAAGCGCAGAGCCAAGAGGGAGGAGAAGGAGAAGAAGCCGCAGAGCGCAGCAGACAGCUACGCCUGGGUCCCUGAGCGAGCCGAGAGCAGGGCAACGGAGAACCCCUACAGUCCGACGCCAGGGACAGACUGUUGAAGCUGAGGAGGCCCCGAGACACUGACAGUGACCACCGUCCUCAGAGGCAGGUGCCUGUUGGAAGCAGGACCCCCAUCCUCCUGGAAGACUGGACUGCAAUCUUAGCAAAUAGUUGUCAGCCUUCUCUUUAAACGCCUGGCAACUUGAACUGUGCAGGUAUCACACGCGUGUGCUGUGUGAGUGGUGGGUCGGGUGUCCUUUCAGGAAUUUGAUGCAUGUGAACAAUUCUCCCUCCCUCUCCCUGUUCAAAUUCAAAUGUGACUGAGUUCAUUUCACCCUGAUUCUGGAUUGGGCGUGACCAGUCAGGUGCUAAUGGGCUCCCUUUGAACUGCUUCUCUGCGUAACCAUCGAAGAAGAAGUUGUGAACCAGGGAAAAUUAGGACUGAAAUGAUUUGUGCCUCCUGGUGUGACAGAGGCUGAGGCGAUCAACUGUUUGAUUACGCAAGAAGCUCUGUUUCUGUCUGAGGGAACAUGUUGAGGCUGGAGAGUUUCCAUCUGCUUCGGUGGCACGGAGGCAGGACGUUUAGAAAUCGCAUCUUCUAGUUCUUCAGGUUCUAGUAGUCUUCAGUUUAUUUGCAGAUGAAAUCUGAACAAUGUGGGGAAAAUUGUACGAAGUGAGUUAAAAGUGUUUCUGGAAGCUAGAGUGAGAGGGCGGAGUUUGUUUCAAAACUACUUGAAUCAGUUCAUCUAAAUAAAUGUACUGAUGUUACCUCAGGCUUGAUUGAUGAGACAGACACUCGUGAGGACAAAGGUCAAGGACCACUGGUCUCUGGGCCAGGAGGCCCCAUGCCCCCGCUGCUGUCCUGCCUCCUCUGCAGCUGCCUGGGCUUGGAUGCCCUGAUGCUUUCUGGAGGAUGUGAGCGAGCUGCGGGGCUGAGGUUUAAACGUGUUGUCGUAAGCCUUUAGCACAGUUCACGGUGGUUGAUGCCUCCUGAGAGCUGAUCCUGGCUUGCGGCCGUAGCACCACCAAGUCAGGACUAGUCCCGCGGGGGCUGGCCCAGAGCUGCCUACAGUACAGGAAUCCCCUGGCUCUUUUCCUUAAAAAAGGGGGCGAGAGGGGAGGGAGCAAGAACGAGAGAAUAACUACGAUCCUGUGCAACCACAGGCACUGCUCACAGCCGUUUUAAUUUAUAGCCUCGUGUUUAAGUGCUCACUUGCGAAGAUUUCCCACAACUAAGACUGUUGUCGUCGGUGGCUCUCUGUCCCUGCCAGUUCUGCCUGGGUGCCUGGAAAGCAGCCCAGGUUCACUGCAGGUCGGAGCCCUUAGAAGCUGCCUGAGCAGCACGGGAGGCCCGGGCACCCAGAGGGCAUGGGGGCUCUGCCGCUCUGGCGCAGGACAGAGAGAGGGAACUUGCCAGGAUCCGCACUCCGCCCCAGGGGUCGGCACUCUGCGUGCACGGCCUUCAGAGCCAAGGAGAUGCCCUUUUGCCAGUUUUGAAAUGUAGGUGUUAUAGCUCCGUGUUUGAAGAAAAGAAAAUGGAAAACUGGAGGGGGUUGGGGGAAGGAAGCAAGGAUGGAGGCCUGAUAGGACCCAGGAGGGGGUUCGAAGUGUCUGCUUUUUAAAGCCACCUAAUAUUCUGCAGUUCCCACUCGGAACACUGGGGUUUAGCACUCCAGGGGGUGAAGGCUGUGUCCCUCGGCCCCGGGGUGGCGUGCCGUGCGGCGCUGACCGUCGGGCUGCUCGUGGCAGUGUGUGCACUUCGUGGCUGGUAUCUGCACGUACAGGAGGUGCUUUCCUCUAGGGCUUUAUGGCCCUCACCCUUGUCACUGGGGCGAGGGGGACAUUGCUAACCCAGGCUGCCCCUGACCCCCGUGGUCCCCUGGCUUUGAAUUGGCUGAGGUCACCGACGUGCCCUUGGUUUCAGUGUUCAUUUGGUUUCUUCUACAGCCCAGCCCCAUUUGGUCUCAAAUGGUCUCAAACACCAGAGUGUUUGAAUUCUUCUCUGGUUGGGGUGGGGAGGUGAAUAUGCAGCCCGGUCCAGCCUCCCACCCACUGCGACAUCCCCCCGGGGGGCCGGUGGGGAGAAAUGGGUGGAUAAAUCACAGUUUCUCCAAAUCCCCUCCGUCAGAGUCAGCCCCUCUGCAGGUGAGUGGGGUCUACCUGCCCUCACAGCCACAGCCCAGCAGUGGCCGCAAUCCCCAAACCGGACCACCUGGGGCAAUGACUCUGAUGAAAAGCCUCAAACUGAGGCUUUCUUCUCCCAUUGAACACCGCUGUCAUUUUGUGCCAGGGUAUUUGAAUCCUUGUUUUGGGAGCUCGGGGCCAAUUGACAAAGUAUCCAUUUAUCCAGAGGCCCAGGUGGCUCGGCCGUGACAUCCAGGGAAACAGACAGAUGGACAUGGGGAGAGGUGGGCUCUGCCACACAGAGAUUCCUCCAGCCGUGACCCUGGGCUGGGCAGGGGCAGACCAGGCACUGUUCUGUCCCUGAUUCCCUGACCUGCUGAGAGGCAGAGCAAGCUGAGCGUUGGGGUCAAGGAGAGGCUCCCCUUGGCAACAGGUUCAAAGACAAUUUGGACUUUCCUCCAAAGAAUUUCUCAUGGUUCAGUAAUUUUAUAUUCGGGACAAACUCACCACCUCUUGAGGAGAUAAUUUAAAGGGAGGACGUCUCCUUAAACACACCCGUUCCUGAAUUUCAGGGACGAUAUCACUGCGAUCACUGCUCUUUUCUCUCGUUGGCCAUUUGGAGGGGCUGAUGCAGGAGGACAGUCACCUGGGGAAGCCGAGUAUAGAUAGCCAAGGGCGGGGUGAUUCUUCAAAAUCACCUUGGGCGUGGAGGACCUGGUGAGUGUCCUUUAUGCGAUGAACCACGGCUGCUCCACAGUGUGGCCUUGAGGCAGAAGCAGCUGUGCUGGUGUCCCUUUUGGUGCCUGAACCAUGUUCCCAGCGGCAUUACGUGGGUGAAUUUGCCAGUUCUGGCCUGAGGCCGGGAGGGAUGCAGGCUGCGGUCACCACCAGGCCUGGCAAGGCCAUCUCAGGCCUAAGUGCCUGUCAACGGUAGACACGCAGCCUCUCCUAAAGGCUCGUCCUCACAUCUUCCCCAUGAUCAGGCAAGAAAGUGGAAUAAAAAAUUAAACGUGUAUGUGUGUGUGCUUGUGUACAGCGUGCAGGAGGAGCUGAAUUGGGAAUGAAUCUCUCUCUUGCACACACAUGUGUAGCUGCGUCUUUUAUGUCCUGGUCAUGAGCCCUCAUUUGAGCACAUUGUGAGGGGCCUGGAUUUUACCCCUGAACAACCUCUGAAGGAUGUGGAUUUGAUCAUUAGCUACUUUUAUUCGAAAUCUCUCUCCCAUAUAUACUUCUGUGAAAACUAAGAGAACAGAGAUGAGAUUUGACCCCCCAAAAAAGCACUAAAUUCAAAAUGACGCAGUUUUUUUUAAAGCAAAUCUAGGAAAGCCUUUUCCUAUUAUUUUUCUUCUUAGCUUCUCCAUUGUCUAAACCAGGAAAACAGGAAAGCAUUGCUUUCUAGCAGCUGCAAAAUGGUGUAAUGUCCCCUACAUAUUUCCAUCCCUGAAACAAUAGGUUUAGCAUGGGAAUCUGAGAUAUAAAAUCCCCAAAAACAUCUGUCCCUCUCUGGCCGCAAAACCCACUGCUUAAAUCUGUGGGGUUUGUGGAGUUUGUCAACCAAAAAAAAGAGGAUGAUAAAAUUCUCCACGUGUUCGAUAAUCAAGUACCUUAUCCCAUUCCAGAUUCCAGGGGCUAAUACUCACCGAAGUGCUUUUUUAAAAAAAUGCAGUGUGUUUUGGUCUGUUCAUGGAGAUAAUGCCCAUCCGUUUUAGGAAGAAAUUUUGGAGUUCCUUUCUCUCAUUGUUCCUCUUAUCUGCAAGGGGGCAAGUGUUUCCUUUCAGUAGAUUUUGCCCACUGUUCCCCUGGCCUGAAGCUCUUUUUGCAUAUUUGGCUUAAGCUUGAAAUAGAUCAUAGGCGAGGCCUGGCUCGGCGAUAUUAGAUGCAAUGAUAUUAGAUAUUAGAUGUAAAUGUCAGCAGUCCCUCCAUUAGCGCUAAAUGAGAAUGUAAGUCUUUUUGGAUGUGUGUAUUUGAAGUUUGUUCUCCUGAUGCUGGAAUCAUGGGCUUUCUAUGUGGGGUUAUUUCACUCCAGGCCGGGGGAGGGUGGGCUGCACGCUGCGCUGCCCUCAGGCUUCUGAGAAGCUGAGUGGCACCUCCGGUCAGCCUCAGAAGUGGGUUGUCAUCCUUUGUGCUUUGUUAUGCACCUAGCCUAAUAAACUCCGAUAUAUAUUGCU